GGACCCGUAUGCUUCAAUAUGGCCGCCGCCAAAACGCUCAUUUCACUGAAGAAAUCUUUUUCUUUUCGGAAGAAGAUCCCGACAAAGCGGCCCUAUUUCUUUUCAGCCACAAAAAGUCGAAUAAUCUGAAAACCAACGAUGUACGCCAGGACAAAUACCGGCAGCACACACGGAGACUUCCAGGACAGAAACGGAGUGAAUUAUGUGACAUCGACAGAGUCUUUCGGCCACUGCUCUCAACUGUUCUGGAAAAAGGAUCCGAACGACUCCGGACCGAAUUCAACCAUCAGCUGGUGCGAUCAGCUCCCUUCCUCCUCGGCAGCCCUCUCCAGUUCCAGUCUCUCCUCAGCGUCACUCUCCAGCUCCAGUCUCACCUUGGAGUCCCGAGCAACGGCGCCAGUGCCUGCGGCGCCAACGACGACGUCAGACGACAUGGACUCAGACGAGAGGCCGUACGUCUGCGACCUGUGCACCUGCGCCUACAAGCACGCCAGUUCCCUGCUCAACCACAAGCUCACCCACAAGAUUGGAGACUUCAGGUGCGACUUUUGCAGCAAGCCCUACACCAACUACAUGUCCCUGCGCAACCACAUGCGAAUCCACGGUCAGAAGCGCUACAUGUGCGACCUAUGUGGGAAGGCCUUCCGUCUGGCCCGGUACCUCCGUAACCACCAGAGGAUCCACGACGACGGGCCCAACCGCUUCGACUGUCCCUCCUGCUGCAAGAGCUACAGGACCAUGCUGGAGCUGGCCCAGCACCGCUGCACCGCUGCUUCAUCCAACCAGAACCGGUUCAACUGCCCGUCCUGCUUUAAGAGCUACCGAACCAUGCUGGACCUGGCCCAGCACCAGUGCAGCGCCGCGGCCAAAAACCAGUCUGGUGGUCGUCGUUCUUUCUCCACCAAUGCUCGCCGUCAGCAGCAGCAGCAGCAGCAGCAGCAGCAGCAGCAGCAGCAACAACAACAACAACAGCAGAACAGCGCUAACUCCAUGAUGCAACCGCAGCAUGGAGGACACGGCCAGCAGGAACCUCUGCCCUCCCACUGCGUCUCCCCCAUGUCCCAGGGAGGGCAGGGGGGUGUAACCAGCCAGUCUGUGCCUGAUCCCCACCAGCAGGGCCGUCCCAGCUCAGUGUCCUCCCAGAGCAGCCAGCAGAGCAUGAGGAGCUCGUCCUCCAACAAACACAUCUCCUCCUCCAGUGCCACCCCGUCCUCCUCUUACUCCCUGCUCCAGCCCCUGGUGCCUGAGGUAAAGGAGCUGAGCUUGGGAUACACUAGGCUGAGCGCCAACCCCAUGCCGAAGCACCAGGAGACCUUCUCUCUGGCUCCCCAGCGGCCCCUCACCACCAUCAACCCCAUCGGCCACUCCCUCCAUCCGAACGGAGCGCCCACGCUCAAGCCUUCCCCUGUGCCCCGCACCAUCCAGGCCAUGCCCUGGGAGCAGCGCUCUCUCUACAAUCAAUGAGACCCCCCCUGGAACCAGCCACCCCCCCUUUUCACGUCGCGUCCACCAUCCCCCCCCCACUCCCCCACACACACACACACACACCCUCCUCAUCCUCCCCGCCCCUUUCGGACCCAGCAUCACGGAGGGAGGACUUUGGACGCCCCUCCGCCGCCUCACCCCUCCUCUGGAACGUGGGGGGGGGGGGGGGGGAGGCACCGUUGAGAACUAGUUGAGAUUGAUUACUGAGUAGUUAGGUUUAAUAAUGUGUUGCCUUGACCCUCAUGUAUGAUCUAUGCCAUGUACUGGAUAUAAGUUAAAAUGUCUGUCCCCUAAUCUGUCCUCUCACUAAGAAGUUAUCUCCCCAUCCUCCUCUCCCACUCUAGUUAUGAAGAUAUCUAUCCUUCCCAUUAUGAAUAGUGCCCCCCCCCCUUUCCAUAUGUUAAAUGAAACAAAAGGCUGUUUUUAUCCAGUGUGAUCCAAACCCUGAACCAGGGGUUCCAGGGCACCACGGUGUCAAAGUAAAUAUGACUAAAUUCUCCCGUCAGUCUGAUAUGUUUCUGAACAUAAAACCCAAAAGUCCAAUGAGGCUUCUAGCAGCAGAAGAAGAGGAAACUUUCUUCUUCUCUUGUUUUUACCCCGUCAACGUGCUCCAGAAAGCAGAUUGUGUAUAUUGUGCGUUACGAGGUGUGUCAUGACUAAUUUCUCCCUGACGUCCCACCUCCCACACCUCCCACACCUCUCAUCUCCAAGCAUCGUCAGCGAGGACCACGACGGAACCGACCCAGCGGACUGUGGUUCUGCCGACCAUGUUGACGUGUUCAUGCCAGUUUGGCUUCUCUUGUGUAGUGAAGGAGGACCUCAACGUUACUACGGUUGCCGACGGUUGCCGACGGUUGCCUUCUCCUGAACACACAACUGAAGCUCCCUUUCUCUCUGAACCAGCAUCUGACUGGUGGCUCGUUGUUCUAGAAGACAACAGUACACGUCUCCAUCACCCCUUUUUGUUCCAGACUGACUGUUAAUAUGUUUGUUCCUUCCACUUUAAAGCACUUUAAGACGAGUGCUGUAUAAUUAUUACUGUCUCUGCCCUCCCUCCCUUCCUCCCUCCCUCCCCUAGCUAGAGCUGUGUCGGCUGUGAAGAUGUAACGUUGCCUUACAUCAACCCCUCAUCACAUGAUCACCAGUGACUUAGCAGCAGUACUGGGCCCGUUUGAGCCCACAUCACGGCUGCACCUGGAAGCUAUAGUGGCCAAAACACAGUAUGUCUGCAGCUCUGGACCCCCCCCACACACCCUCCAGUGUUGCUCCUCCUCUAGAACACGUGGUGUCACCGCUCCCAGGAUGGAUUCAGUUAACACCUCCCCACAGGGUGUUUCAAUAAACAGCCAGAUAACUCCAAAUAAACCCAUAAAAGAAGAAUUGAGUAAACGGUCCAUUUGACGGAUAACAGUUUUAAUCCCGGUUCCAGGUUGUAGUUCUGUUACGUUAUCUCGCUAACAUGGUGUUCAUUGAAAUACCCACAAUUCUACUGACAUUGUAUUUUCUCUUUUUAAAGUUGUUUCUAUUUUUAUUCAUGACAUGUUUUCAUUGUUGCUUUCUCUCCUUGUAAAGUGUCUUUGAGUAUUUAGAAAAGUGCUAUACAAAUAAAAUGUUUUAUUAUUAUCACCA